UUUCAGGAGCAGACGAGAAACAUUCAUCAAGAAAACAAGAUGAAGAGCUGUCUGACACUUAUUUUAUUGUCUUCAUUGGUUACGUUUAUUACAGCUAACAGUGUGAGUGUGAGGCUGGUGAAUGGAGACAGUCUCUGUUCUGGUCGAGUGGAGGUUCUUCAUGAUGGUCAGUGGGGAACAGUGUGUGAUUAUGACUGGGAUAUGACUGAUGCUGCAGUGGUGUGUAGAGAGAUGAGCUGUGGAGAGGCUUUACAAGCAACAUGGAAUUCUUACUUUGGAAAAGGAUCAGGAAAAAUCCUAAGGUAUGUGCAGUGUAAAGGAUCAGAGUCUUCAUUAAAGGACUGUAGAUCAGAUGGAUGGUAUGAUCCAUACAGGUGUAACAAUCAUAAUUCUGAUGCUGGAGUCAGAUGCUCAGAAACCAUAAACUAUGGACGAUUUGCCAGACUUGCUGAUGGACCUCACCUGUGCUCUGGGAGGUUAGAGAUACUUCAUGAUCAGUCGUGGAUGUCAGUGUGUGAGUCUGUCUUUGACCAGCAGGAUGCAGAGGUUGUGUGUAGAGAGCUGGACUGUGGGGCUCCUGUACAGGUGCUGAGAGAAGCUGCUUUUGACAAAGGAGACACUCAGAUGUGGACACGAGAGAUUCAGUGCAGAGGAGAUGAAUCAACCAUUAGAUUGUGUCCAACUUCAAGGGACAUACAGUGCUCUCAAGACAACAAUGUGGGACUGACAUGUUCUGGAUACACUGAUGUCAGGCUGGUAAACGGUUCAGACUCUUGUUCUGGAAGAGUGGAGCUUCAGUAUCUCAGUAAAUGGGGCACAGUGUGUGAUGCAUGCUGGGAUAUGAGAGCUGCCAGUGUCCUCUGUAGACAGCUGAAUUGUGGGAUUGCUGUGUCUGUUGUGGGAUCAGACUGGUUUGGAGAGGGAAGCGGUGAAAUCUGGGCUGAUGUGUUUGAUUGUGACGGGAAUGAAACAAAACUCUCAGAAUGUUUCAUCUCUUCAUGGAGUCGAGCUGAACGUUCUCAUAGAAGAGAUGUUGGAGUCAUCUGCUCUGAAAGUAAAGCUCAUCUGGGGAACUGCAGCUCAACACAAACUCUCAACUGCAGCUCCACACAACAGCUGUCAGUCACAAACUUAGGUCGCGGGUCCAUCAGGCUGGUGGGUUCUGGGGGAGACUGUGCAGGGAGGCUGGAGGUUUUUCACGGCGGCUCAUGGGGGACAGUGUGUGAUGACUCCUGGGAUAUUAAAGAUGCCCAUGUGGUGUGCAGACAGCUGCAGUGUGGAGUGGCCCUCAGUAACCAGCAGGUACCAGCCUGGUUUGGUCCUGGUUCUGGACACAUAUGGCUGGAUGAGGUGGAGUGUGAGGGGAAUGAGACGUCCCUGUGGAGCUGCUCUUCUCCAGGCUGGGGACAACAUGACUGUAUUCAUAAGGAGGAUGUAGGAGUCGUGUGCUCAGAGUUUAAAGAGAUCAGGUUAACUGAAGGCUGUGAAGGGAAUGUGGAGGUUUUCUACAAUGGAUCCUGGGGUAAUGUGUGCUGGAACCAGAUGGACAGAGACACAGCGAGUCUGAUCUGUCAAGAACUGAACUGUGGAAGAUCUGGCAGUGAACCCAGUUAUUCAGAGGGACUGAAGACUCAUGACUGGCUGGAUUUUUUUAAAUGUCGACGACAUGAUUCUAGUUUAUGGCAGUGUCCAUCUACACACUGGGGACAAUAUAACUGUGAUAAUGAAGUCGCUAGAAUCACCUGCUCAAAGGAUCAGACACAAGAGUCUCCUCAGAGUCUUCUGACAUGUUCUACCUCACCUUCUCCAUACAAGAGACAGUGUUCAAGUCAUGUUCCUCUCAGACUGAGUGGAGGUAAGGGCCGGUGCUCUGGGAGGCUGGAGGUGUAUCAUAACGCUGUGUGGGGCUCAGUCUGUGAUGAUCAGUGGGACAUCAGAGAUGCUCAGGUGGUCUGCAGACAGCUGGGUUGUGGAGCAGCACUGAGGGCUGAUGGGAAUUCAGUCUUUGGUGCUGGUGAAGGUGUUGUGUGGAUGAACAGAGUCGAGUGCAGAGGGAAUGAGAUUCACCUGUGGGACUGUCCUCUCUCCCUGAAAAACCACACUGACUGCUCCCACAAAGAGCACGCUGGACUCACCUGUGCAGAUGUUUCAGAUGUGUCAGUGUCCUCUACUCCUCACACAACAACAUCAGUUUCUCCUCCUCACAGAACAGAGUGA